GCUUUUAGGAAAUUUUUUGUGAGACAAAUACGAAAAAAAAUAAAUUUUAAGUGUUAUUUUAAUGCAAAAUAAGCAAAAAGUGAGUGAAAAGUGGCUAAUAAAGUAAAUCAGAAUGAUAAAUUGCUGCAGAAAAUUGAAAACUGCACCGCGCAAGUUAAAAACAAAAUAAUUUGCAGCGAAUUUGGAAGUCAAAGCUAAUACGUGAAAAUGCGAAUGUAGAUACGAAAAAAGGGGCAAACGCGAAGAAAAAAUAAAAAUUGCAAGCCCACCAAACAAUCAAGGGGGCGCAAACAGCAAAAUUAUUUUCUUUGAAAAAAAAAAUGAACGAAGAUUAACAAACAUUCUGUCUGUUUUUCAAUGAAUUCCAGAUAAAGUUUUCAGUAAGAAAAGAAGUGACUAUUUUUUAAGAAUUCAAAGAGUGGUACAUACCACCAAUUGGUCGUGGUCGUCGUAAUACGUAGUUACAAUGGAAAAGAAAAAUAAAAUGUGCAAAGUGAGGCUGAGACGCCUUCGGCCGGAAUUAAUGGAUAAAUUGAAGACAAAGCGCUUGUUGGCCAGAACAGACGUUCACUUUAGUUCCUCAUCAUCUGAAUCGGACGAAGAUGACAACGCCGUCGUGGAAAAAAUAAGUGUUCAAUUGAAGAGUCCUCUUGCAUUGAGCAACAACAAAGACUUCGAUCCAUUUGCAUUAUUAACCGAAGCACAGCAGGCUUUAAUUAUGAGGAAUGCAAGGGAGGCUUGUGAAAAAGGGGAAGAAGGAGAUACAAAGGAAAUUGGAGAUGUAACAAGCAAAGCUCCAUCUACUAAGCCAGAAGCAACAACAAAGAAAACAAAACACCGUAAACCACGGUCGCACUAUUACCAGGUUAUUCCGGAUGGUCAGAGUAGUAGCAAACCACCACUGCCCAUACAUGAAUCUGAAUCUAUAUAUUACCAUAGUGAUGGCGAAGGUCCUUGUGGUUACAAUUGUAAUCAUAUGCGAACGGCUGAUGGUGAUGAUGGUGCUAAAGCUCUCUCGCCAGCAGCAAGACGCCGUAGUAGUACCGGAAGCAGUUCAUCUUUACUAUCAGAUAAGUGUUCGAUGCGCUUUUCCAAACUAUUUGGUAGCAAUUGCAUAUCAGUUAUGGAUGAUGAAAAUCCUCCUACAGCAUUGUCCAAGAUUUUAUCUAUCAAAGAGUUUGAUCCCUUGGCUCCGCAGCAGCUGGUAGCAUUAGUGAUCAAAUCCAUAGUUUCGCUAUCCGAACUAAGCCAACGAGAAGAUAACAUAAUAAAUGUGGACAUAGACAAACGAAAAAUCCUCGAGUUUUCGUCGAUGAGCCAGGAAGGCAAGAUGUAUAGUCGAUUAAAUCCCUUUAUGGAUGUUUCCAAUAUUAUCGUUACCCAUCCGGAUGAUGAAUUCUUUACAUUCUGUUUAUGCAAGAAUUGUGAGGAAUAUCGUGAACUUGUUAUACAUAUAAUGGUGGAACAAUUCAAAGCUGCUCAUAUGGUGGUAAUGUUGCUAGACGUCCUUAUUAAAGCCUAUGGGCCAAUGCUAAAAAACAUCACAGCAUACAAUAAAUUUGAAAAACUGCUCGAUAGCAAUAAAGAAAUCUAUUGGAUUACUUGUGGAGUGAUCUAUCAUAAAAAGGGCGAACAUUUAGAUUUCAUCUACGAUGAGUAUUUAUCGGACAAUAUGAUUUUCGUUUUGUUUAGCUCAAUUUUGAUGCUGAAUAACCCAUUGCUUCUAUUACAAAUAUUGGCUUUCCAUAUCGAAUGUAUUGUAAAAGCAUAUGCUGAAGGGUUUUUGGAAAUCGUUGAACCAGACCAAAAUAAAAUACCGGCUGAGGAAAUGAUUAACUAUAUUGUAAAUGGAUACGAUGAUUUAAUACGCAUUUCAGAACAGGUUGCAUCAUAUUUGUUUGCCUUUGAAAAUGAUUUUCUGCGAAAGUUUUCAUUGACAUGGAAACUUUUAUGCCAACGUUUGUAUCAAAAGCACGUUCAUGCCCAUUUAGCCGAUACAAUGUUAGCAUGUAUUAUAACGUUAAAAGAGGAAGAAUUGACAUCGCACCAUACGGAUCUUAUCAAACGAUAUAUACAAUUCGAAAAUAUUAUGAAUCGCGUUGAUAUUUGGUGGACGGAUGUUUGGGUAAAAUUAAACGAAUUUAAUCUAUCAGAAGUGGAACGCAAACGACGUAAAUCAUUGUUGGAUGUGUACCGCAUUUUCGAUACGGUGGUGCAGGAUGCCAUUGCAUUUUCGCUGCAGGACAGCGUUGACGAUAAUGAUUUUUAUGAUUUUCGGUCACUGAAAAAUCGGCGUUUAGCCUGGAGGAAUAUCAUGUCCUAUACCAAAAUGAAAUGGCCAGAUGGGUUCUACCAACCACCCAAUACAUUAGUCGUAGAUGAUAAAUGUAAAAAAUGUAAUGUUUCACUAGAAUAUCAUGCAGAACUUUGCAAGUGUAUAACGUGUUCCAUUGCUGGUGGACCACUACCACCCACACGAAAUGCAGACAAAUGUUCCAAAUGUCUUGCCCAGGACAUAGUCGUAAAGGAUGAGAAUUUCUAUGACUCGAAAAUUGUAAAUGUUUGCGCAAAUGAUGAUUUUCAGAAUCCAUCUAAAAAUAGUACUGCAGCCAUAAAACCUAAGAAUAUUGCUCUUCAGGAUGCCGAUGAAGAGUUCUAUGUAGGCCUGGAAGAUAUGCUAGAUGAAAAUGGUGUGCCAGCAAGUCAGCAAAUGUCCGAAAUAAUAGCAAAUGGUUAUCACAUUGCAUGGGCUGUUUUUACCCAUCUUAACAAUCGCAAACGCUUUCCGUUCACUACCAUUGAGAGACAACAUUUCUGUCAGAAUUGUAAACUGGCAUCCUGUCAAUUGGCACGUAAAAUCUUAAACAACGAAAUAUCUCCAUCACUAUCACAGGAUCUGAUACAUUACUACCAGCCAAUGUCAAUGACACGUGAAGAGCUACGCUCAAUUCUGCCGAACAUUAUGUUGUAUAACCGCAAACUGGUGGCUUCGAACAAUGGCCUCGAUCUAAUAGAUGUGCACGAUCUUGUAGUGAAAAUUUAUUGGAUAUUUAUUAUAUCAGUAUAUGCUAUUUAUUUUAUUGACUUUGAUGAAAAUAAUGGCGAUCAAGACGCCAACUUGAAUCUGGACUCGCUUGAAUUAAAAAACAGCGAUAUAAAUAUAAAUGUGGACAAAAUCGUUGGCAACAAGGAUGAUACUAAGUUUUUAGAGUUUCUCGAUAAAAUUAAGAGUUUAUCACCGUACAAUAACGAUGUAGAAUCCAACUUUGAUGCUGUCGUCAACAUUGAUAGCGUGGAAAUACAAAAGAAAUUGAAUGAUAUUCUAAAAAUUACGGAUAACCCGGAAUCUUCUUUACAAUGCGAAAAUAUGCCAACACAUUUAAGUGAGCCCGCAGAUGAAGAACAACAAGUAUCUGCAGAAUUAAAUACUCCAUCGACAGUUGAAUCUCAGCCGAAAAAGACAUGUAAGGAAAAACCCAGAAAAUGUGAUCAUUCCGAAAUUGGUAGCGAUAAUUGCAAAGAAAACCAUUCAAAUAAAAAAAGAUUAAAAAAGGACUGCAAUCACGCCAGAAUGAAUGAGACUAGAGAACGACUUCGUAAAAAAUUAUCCCAAAUUGUUAAUGCACGAAAAACUUCUGUGUCCUCACAGCCAGUGGCUGCACCAACUACUGCAACUAACAUUGCAGAAACACCUAACCAAGUGGACAAUGUUCUAAACGCAGAGGAAUUAAAACUUUUCCAGCAGUUUCAGCAACAAAUGCCACAUUCUGCAUCAUGGGAUGAACCGCAUUAUAUUGCAGCAACAUUUGAGCAACUUCAUCAAGCCAAGUUACAUGAUUUAUGUGAAUGUUUGCAACAUUUGCAAACCAAUCAGAAGAGUGAUUCCAAUGGCAAAACAUUGCCGAAGAAGUCUCAGCACAAGCAAAACCAGCCGAAAACUUCCCCACAACAACCACAUCAGCUAACGUCCUUGGAGCCACCCAGCAAAAAAUCAAAUCUUAGCAACAAUUCAACACGAGACGCGUCAACAUCUAGCCAAAGUACAAAGAGUAAGGACAGUAAUAAAGAACCAAUACCCAAAUCAUCAGGUCAAUCCGAUAAAUCGUCAGCAUCACCACAGUUCCCACCAACACCAUCGAUAGCAGCAGUUGCGGCAACAACAUCGGCAACUUCGGUGACAUCAAAAUCGUCGAGCAAUCUCGAUUUUGUUAGCGAAAUAUGUGAAAUAAUUGACAACUAUUCCAAAGAGCAAGCCAAGAAGAAAUGGAUAAAAGAGACAUUGAGUUUUAUUGAGGGUCCGACAGCUGCUGGGAAAAAGAAAUCACAGCCUCAGACUUCAAAUCCCAAGAAAGCGGCCAAAAAAGCUAAACAAAAACAGAGAAAGGACGAAGAAAAGCGUAUAGCAGAAUUGCAGGAUCUAAGAAGUCAAUUCCACAAUAUUUACUUUAAAGAGUUUACCGAUAAGCUCAAUUUAAAAUCUCUAAAGGCAAAUAAGAAGAGAGACAAAAAGAAAAUUGGUGAAUUGGAAAGCAAUAUUAAGAAUUUGCAAAGGGCUAAGGCCAAAGUUGAAACUGCCAUUUUGGAACUAAUUGCAACGGUCAAACAAACAAACGCCGAGUUCAAAUUUUCCUACCUUCCUACGAAAGAACAACAAAUGGAAAAGGUUAAGGAACUCGAAGCACAGAAUUCGGAUGGUAAUGAAAAAAAUGAUCUGAUAGCGGGCACAGCAGAAAAGGCCGGACGAGCGACAGAUUUACAACAAAUAAAUAAUGAAAUGAUUGUGCCUUCGCCGUCGACUCAGUUUAACAUGGCUUCAACAAAUAAUCUGAGUAUGGUACCCGAGGCCUACAGUAUGCCUUAUGCUCAUGCCAACCAUUUUCCUUAUAAUUUGGGCUUUCCACCCACUGCUGCCGCCGCAGCUCCAUUUGGUUUGAUGCGAGCUUCCCCCAUGUGUUAUGCCCCACCAUCUUCCGGACCUGGCACCCAACAACAGCAACAGCUUGGACCAGAUGUUGUCGCCUCUAUGUCUGCCAAUAGUUCUGGAUCCAGUGAUCCCUCCAAACGAAUUGUAACCAUUCGCAGGGUCAAUUUGCCAAAUGUACCAGAGCCCCAGGUAACAGUUACUGCCAAGGGCAGCAGUCCAGACAAGGAUAAGCUGCUCUAUACCUUUAUCAAUGGGCAACUUGUACAAACAUCGGGUGCAGCCCCUCCUAUUGCCAUACCCCAAAUGUCAGUAAUUAAUCCUAUGCAACCUCCAUCGGCACCACCUCCGGUAUCUGGGCAUUUGAAUCAGUUACCACUCCCACCGGAGCAUUUAUUAACUAUACCACCACCUCCCCCACCAAAACUAUCAAAAAGUCAAAUGAAAAAAGAACGAAGGCGAUUGGCAAAAUUGCAAGCAGAGGCUGAUGCAGCAGAAGAGGCUGAAAGAAAACGCUUGGAAGAGGAGCAACACAGAUUACGUGCUUUAGAAGAACAGAGAAAAAUUGAGUUGGAGCAACAGCAACAACAAAAACAAUCCAAGAAAAAGAAGAAAAAAUCAAAUUCUAAACAACAACCGCUCGUAUCCCAGUCCACCACCAUAUCCUCCCCAUCCACCAAAAAAGGUAUCAAAAGCAAGCAAAAUAAAUUAUCGAAUUCUAACUCGACUACAUCCGUGUCCACCAAUGAAAAUAAUGAAAAACCUUUGCAAGUACCACAAAUAAUGAUGAAGAAGCCUUUAAAACAGAAACGUUCGGUAUCCACAACAACCUCUUGCUCAGCUGCCACAUCGUCAUCAUCGUCUUCGAACAAUUCUACCAGUAGUCAAAUGAAUACCAGAGACAACUCUGCGAGCAGUCUUAAACCGGGCAACGCCAAGAGUUCCUCCACGAAAGAACAGGAGCGUAUUUCCAGCACUAAUAUGAAAAACAACAAGAGUAACUCGAAUUCUAAAAAGAAGAAAUCAACGACACCCACUUCAUCGGUCGUUACAUCAGAGGAUGAGAAUGAAGUGGUAAAAAGUAUUGCAGGAAAACAGACACCGCAAAAGCAGCUGAAGAGUAAACAAUCAAUUCAAGUGCAGGCUAACUCAAAACAAAAAUCGGUAAAAGAGAAACAGCAGGCGAGCAAAGCAACAAUUAAACCCACAACCCCACCAAGUUCGGAUUCAGAAGAUGAACAGAACAGUGAUGUGCCGACGUUGCCGCCCCAACAACCUGUUUCUCAAAAAGUGACACAAUCUAAAAAACGACGGACAAAAUUAAUUGACAAUGGACAAUUUGAUAACAAUCCUUUUAAAUCUUUGCACAUGCAAGACUCAGAAUCGGAAUAUACCUCGUCCGACGACGACGAUUGUGAUGUUGCCGAAGAGGACGAGGUCAACGCAAUCGAAUCAAAAAUUAGAACUUUGACACUAUCUACCCAAAAAUCAACCACCGAGACCAUAAAAAAUGUUAGGCAAUCCGAGAAUAAUAAAAUUGGCCAGACUUCGAAAAAACCGUCACAUGAUGGCAAUGAAACAAAGGUACUUGUUUCCUCAACAGUAAUAUCGAACUCCUCAUCCAAAGGUGCAGCAACCAAGCACCAAAAUAAAAAUACUGCCAACAAAGCGUCAAAAACUUCUGUUAAUGAGAUCAAGUAUCCGUCGCCAGCUGCAGCAAUGAGCAAACCAACUGUCACACAGCAAGCGAAUAUCCGCCAAUCCAAAAAUUCCUCUGCCCAAAAAACAGCUGCCACCAAUCGUAAGACCAAGACAGACAAUCGUUCGGUUGGAGGAAAUACAACUUCCCACCUCUCAUCAACCAUUGCUAAAUCGAAUUCUAAUGCUAAUGUCAAUUCCUCGAAAACUCAAACGCGUAACAACGUUCGAAACUCGAAUCGUAGCCAUCCGAACACAUUAACGAAUAACCAACAACAAUAUUUCGAUGAUAGCCAAUAUAAUCAGAAAAUAUCUUCCACGGCCAAUAGUAGUGGUAGUACUGUCGAUGGUAGUGGUAAAAACAAGCGCUCGCAGCGCAACAAAAAGUUUCAGCAAAAGAAUCAGAAAACCAACCAGUCUCAACAUCAACAUUGCUGUCACGGCAUUCCCAACAACAUGGGAUACUUUAAUCCAAACGAAGUCAAUAUUACACCCGCAGCCAAUGUGACCAGCCAUCAGAAUCUUAACGCCCAAAGCUGCUCCUAUCAAGGCUUGACUGAACAGAUGCAGACAAUGCGUUUUAGUGGCAAUGGUGGCCCACAACAGCGCAUGCAUAGUAGCAACAACAACAACGUUAGCAUUAUGGAUCAGUUAAAUCGUGGCGUGCAAGUUGAAAAUCUUUCCUUACCACCGGGCAUAACUUUAACAAAAGUUGAUCCCAUUAAGAGUGAACAGCUACGUCAAAAAUCCGAAUCGAUAAAAAAAUUAGCAAAACCUCUUCAACCACCAGCGCCCAUUUCUCAAACAACGCAAGCAUUCCAUCAUGCCAGUAUGGGCACAACUAUUAUUGCUCCACCCGUGACUCCAUUGUCAAACUUCUAUGGUUCCCAUUAUCCUGCUAAUGCUGCCGGCAUUAUUCCCACAGCGGCUUUGGACCCGCAAAGUGGAAUCAUUAUGGUAGAAGCCAAUCCUCCCAAAUGCAACACUGCAACACAAGCGUCAAACGUGGUGGUAUCAUGCGCCGCUUCAGGCAAGCAGUCGAAAAAUAAGAAGCGACGUAACAAAUCGAAGGCCAGCAACAAUAAUGGCUCAACGUGCCCUUUGUCAAAUUCCACUGCGAAUGCUAAAAACACAGAGAAUUUUGCAUGUGGUAGUGGUGGUGGCGUUGGCAACAAUUCCGCACAACCAAAAAUGAUAACUUUGCGAAAUCCCAUGUUCCACGGUAGUUCAACAGGCGCUCCAGCAACUAUUCUGCCACAGGCGGGUUUGAUGCAAGGUCGCCCAUUAGAUGCAUAUCCUAUCGCUGCUCCCUUGCCCGUUGAUCAGCCCGCUGCAAUAAUAAAAAAUGAAAAUGGUAUGUACACUAUUCGCAAUCCGGCCCUACAUCAGGCUGUAACAAAUGGUCUGGUACUGGGCGGUUAUAGACAAUUUGGCAAUGUCAAUUUCUAUACACCACAAGAGGCUGCAGCAGAAGCGGCCAGGGCAACGUUACAGCAACAGCAGCAGCAACAUCAAAGCAAUGAAAACUCGAAAGCUGCACCAACAACAGGAAAUAUUAACACUUCCUCGUUUUCCUAUUUCUCCAAUGAUAAUGGUUCCACAAAUACAACCCACAACAAUAUAAGUAUUAGUUGUACUAGUGUUGGUACCGGCAGAAAUAUCAGUCCACAACGUUCUUCAGGCGGUGGAGGUUUGACUGGUGAUGCUGCUGUGAUUCAACGGCCGACACCAGCUCAAAAAUGUAUUUCAGCCAUAGGCAGCGAAAUUAAAAAUGCUCAACAGCAAAAACAAAAAUCAAAAGAACAACAUUGGUCACAUUUUGGCACGGAUUCAUUGCCGAUGAAUAAGCCCGAUAAUGCGUGUAGUUCAUCGUUUUUGGGAGCUGCUGCUGAUGGCACAACCACUGCAGGAGUAGACAUGACCCUUCAAGAAAAGUAUCAACAGUCCAAAUAUUAUAAUGGGUUUGAUGUCUUUACUGGUAGCAGUGGCGGAAGUAGCUCUUCUGCAACAACUGUUGCUGCACACGUACAUCAUAGUUGUGGCGAUGAUUCACCACCUCCAUCCAUUACGGGAUAUAAUUCCUAUCUCGAAGGUAUUCCGAAUACUGGAGUUAUACGUUAUGACGAUGCUUCUUUUUUGAAGAAUUUGAUUCCCGGACAAAAUCUUAACACUGAGGUAUCCAUUCACAACGUAAACGACUCGAAUUUCGCUCGCAAUGCUAACUCUCCACAGGCUCAUCGUGUCGAGAUUACACCUGUUUAUGGCGGCAACAGACCAGCAUCAUCCAACAGUCUGUUCGAUGCGAGUACUGUCCAGAAUAAUCAAGCUAAUUAUCGAGGCAACUAUCGUGAUCACUACAAUGAUUCCAAUAUAUUUUCCAAUAACAACAUUCAUAUGAAUCUUGGCGAGUUGGACACUGCAAUGAAAUACGAUUUUGAAUCGACUCAACCCUCCCAGGCAGCAACGUCUGCCACUGCAAAUGUGACAUCAAGUGAUAACCAUAACUCAAUAUUAGACUUUAACAACUUAUUAAGUAAUAAAAAUGGACCCACUGGCCUAGCCAGCCAUCGUACAUCUCCCUAUAUGGACGAAAAUACUCUAGAAGGAUUUGUACAAAAUCUAAAUUCGCUACACAUCUCUUCUAACGCAACAACAGCCACAGCAGCAGCAAAAGCAGGCGAGCAAAGCUCUCAAAUUAAUGGCAAUAGCAGCGGUAUUGGACACACAGUCACAACCAGUGCCAAUACAAAUGGUUGGUGGUAAACAUAAACUCAUGAACAAAACACAAACCACAUUCAUCAAAUUGAAUGUAGAUAGUCUCACACAAAAUAAAGUAAUACUAAUUAAAAUAAAACUAUUCAAAGAAUAGAUUCUUCCCCAUUUAUCUUUAUAUGGAACAUGUUUAUUAUUUGCAAUAUAUAUUGAUGAUAUUUCUUCUGUGAAUCAAUCAAUAAAUCGAAAUGAUUGAAAAUAGAAAACAGAGAAAUCAUUAGAUUUCACAUUCGCCCGUGUGAGUUGAACUCUGCAGUGAUUUAACUUACAUUUAAGAGAAUUAGAGAAGCCUGUUCGUUCUUUUUAUAUUAUUUUUAAAAUCCUACAGAUAUACAAGUAAAACGUACAUACAUAUAUUAAACGUAUCCAGCAGUAUUUUGCAAUUUAUAAAAAUAAAAACCAAUAAAAUCGUCUA